GUUAUGUACAACCGAAUGAAUAUAUCUGUCGCGCUUCUUUUACUAACGGCCUUUAUUGGCUAUAGUGACGCCUUGCGUUAUUACGGUGACCCCUCCUAUGUCGGUUUGAAGUAUAAGGAUACAAAACCACCAGCAGUACCACGACAAAGUCGUAUCCAAACAGAAAACUAUGUAUUGGGUGGCCAUGUAGCUGCCAACGGUGCUGUGCCUUUCCAAGUAUCCAUACAGAAUCGCUUUGGUAAUCAUUUCUGCGGAGGUGCGAUUAUAGACGAUCAGUAUGUACUCACAGCUGCCAGUUGUGUGGGAGGCUUACAGAAGAGUAAUAUAAAAGUAGUAACUGGUACGAAUGAUUGGAUGGGUUUAGCUAUACAAUAUGAAGUAGAGGACAUUAUUAUACAUUGCAAUUUUGAUAAGCCACUUUAUCACAAUGAUAUCGCACUCAUCAAACUAGCAACAUUGGUUGCUUAUGAUGAUGUAACAAAAAAUAUAACAGUUGCUGAAUUAAAUGAAUUAGUACCUGGAGAAACGCUUACAUUUACUGGUUGGGGUGAGGAUCAGGAGGGUGCAAAUUAUCCAAAUGAUUUGAAGCAAUUAAAUGUGUUAUAUAUUUCUAAUACGGACUGUAAGGCUGCUUAUGGUAAUGUGGAUGACGUUGAUUUGGGACAUGUAUGUACUAAGUCACCUGUUGGAGAAGGUGCUUGUCAUGGUGAUACUGGUGGCCCAUUAAUAAAUUCGAAAGGACAGUUAGUUGGUAUAAACAAUUUUGGUAUACCCUGCGGACGAGGUUUUCCUGAUGUCUUUGCAAGUGUUGCUUUUUAUAAUGAUUGGAUUAGAACUACUAUUAAAGGGUGUAAUCUAGAAUCAUAAAGUAACAUGAACAUGAGAUUGUUUUAAGUUUAAGGAUUUAUAUAAUAUGUGCAUCAUUGUAUAAAAACACAUUAAAAAUACUUACAAUUUUUUGUU